UCGGUGCAUAAUCAAAUCGAGUGAGAUGUUUCUGAUUCUGACAGAAAAAUCGUAAAACAAGUGAGAAGCCAUUAUCAAUCCAAGCGGAGCGAUUACCCUGCGAAAAAAUGUGUUAAUUUCGCAUGAAAAUGCGAUAGUUACCGAAUUUCAAGGGAUUUCAAAGAAUACCAAAUGGAUAACGAUGGCGAUGUGAUUGUGAUCAAGGAGGAAGAGGGCGAUGGAGAACGCAACCAGGAGGACGAACCGGUCGACGUCGACAAUGAGCCGUCGCCACCUCCGAUGCUGCCGCUGCACGGUCUGCAGUCUAUGUUCGAUACCAUCGACUACCUGAUCGUCCAGGAUGGCUACCAAUGUGCGGCCUGCCCGGAGAAUCGUCGUCGAUCGUUUCCGGAUAUGCCGGCCCUGCGACGGCACAUGGUCCGCCAUGUUAAGGAAGGCGAGAGUCGGUGUCCCGGUGUGAAGAAGGACUUCUUGUGCAACCACUGCAAUCGUACCUUCGAGCGAAUUGACCUGCUGAGGAAACAUCUGCUGGAAGCGUUGAGGGUGGAGUACGGUCCCGGCAAGUCCGAAAGCGAUGACGACGAGGACGACGGGGAUGGCGAAGGGACGGGCGAGUCCAUCAUAUACAUCGUCAAGAAAGGGCGGCUGACUUGUUCGGCUUGCGAUGCGGAAUUUGGACCGGUGACCCGGUGGAAUAGGGAGAAGUUCAAGCUGCACGUUGGAGAGGUUCACUGGACGCCACCACCUCUCAAGUGCGACGAAUGUGGUAAACGGUUCAACAAUGCGGACAAACUGGAGAGACAUAUUCUCCGGCAUGCGGAAUCACUGGAAGUGGGAUGGAUGGGUUCACAACCGUCGACUUCAGCUUUGGCUAGUGUCAAAAUGGAAGAGCAUGAUCCAAUUGACUCGACAGCCCUUUCGGAUGAACUGCAAGAUCCGAUGGACGUUUUGCAAGUGCAGGAGAUGACCGAGAUAGAGGUCAAGGUCGAACUACAGGACGGCGAACCGAACGACUAUGUCGUAGAAACCCGUAGCAGCAGUGAAAAUUCAUCUUCCGAAUCGGAAAGCUCCGACUCCGAUUCGGAUUACGGUCGUGGUAAGAGGCAGAAGAAGAGGCGUAAAGCUAAGGCCAAGGCCGAAGCCAAAAAACUUGCGACCGCCCGGAAGAUCUCCGGCGGCGAGGACGGUUCCAUCAUCCUGGCUUGUAAUCUGUGCGAAGAAGGAUUUCUGGUGCAGGAGUUGCUCGAUCGUCACAUGGCCCAGAAGCACGACGAUCGCGAUCGUCCAUUCCGGUGCUCGGAGUGCUCCAAGACCUAUUUGACCAACGGUAACUUGCAGGAGCACAUUCGCAUGGCUCAUUCGGGUGUGAAAUUCACCUGCAAAGAAUGUGGCAUCAAUCUUUCGACCAAAAGUUCCUGGAAGCGACACAUGCAGGGUCACACGGAGGAAGGUUACACCUGUGAGCUUUGCAAGGAAAAGUUCUCAUCGCAUACAGUGCUGGCCAAGCACAGGCGACGUGUACACGAGAAAGUGCAAAAGAAUUUCAUAUGCCUCGAAUGUGGAAGUACUUACGAUGAUAACGCUUCACUUCGCGAGCAUCGAUUGUCCCACACCGACAUUCGACGGUGGGAGUGCGAAACUUGCGGCAUGAAAUUCAAACGGAGCCACAAUCUAUCGGUUCAUCGCAAGACGCACCUUGCCCAGAAGAAGCCUGUUCCAACCAUCAAAUGUCAGGAAUGCGAUGAAAUGUUCACGACAAAAAUGGCUCUGGCAGCACAUCGAUACGUGCACGGACGAUACGUCUGUAAGAUUUGCAAAAGAACAUUCGAGACGCAAAGCGGUUUGAUGCAACAUCGGAAGGAUGACCACAAGCUGAUCAAACACACAGGCACUGAGUGCCGAACGUGCCAUGCAAAGUUCCAGAAUUCAGAGGAGUUGCUCGAACACCGACAGGAACUUCAUGCCAACGAUCCCAUGUUGGAAUGUGAUGUUUGCAAGGCCAGAUAUCCUACGCCAGCGGCGCUGAGAACUCACCAACGCUACCACGACAAGGUCAUCCUCUACAACUGUCCAAACUGUCCGGAAGCUUUCAAUUCCCAGCUGUUGUUGGAUCGACACCUGAAAGUCGACCACAAGGAUAAGAAGAACCACAUCUGCGAUCUGUGUGGCAAAGGAUAUCCAACCAAAAGGCAAAUUGCCGCACAUUUGAUACGACACAAAAAUCCCAAUAGAAGUCAGUCCGAACCUCCCGGAUGCCACAUUUGCGACAUGUGCGGCAAGGAGUUCCGAUUCCGCAUGACCUUGAAGCGCCACGUGUUCAACACGCACACCAACCAGAACACCUUCAAGUGUGAUCAGUGCGAUAAGGUGCUGGCCUCGGCGGAAGGCCUAAAGCUGCACCAGCGGUCCCAUUCCGAUGAUCAGUCAAUAAUGUGCGAACUGUGUGGCCGAUCCUUCCUGCAACCUUACCGGCUGAAAGUCCACAUGGAGAGUCACAUGCGAGAAGGAAACGAUUACCGCUGCCACAUCUGCAGCCGAACGUGCCGCGAUCCCCAAAAGCUUGAAAUCCACAUGAAGCUGCACACUGGCGAGACGCAAUUCCAUUGCACCCAGUGCCAGAGAUACUUUGUCACCAAACGGCACUACAAGCUGCACAUGCAACGGAUCCACGAGACGGAAGUCAAGUGUCUACGCUGCGACAAGAUAUUCCCCACGCCGAAGAAAAUGAGGCUGCACAUCAAGAUACACGACUUCCCGGACUAUCUCGAGUGCCCCAAGUGUUACACGUGUGUCAAGGACAAGAAGACGAUGGCUCGCCACAUGAAACAGCACGAGAACGAAGGCGUCCGGGUUCCCUGCCAGUACUGUCCGCUGACGUUCGCGACGAAGAAAACCCGGAGGAAACACGAACGCCACAUGCACAGCGAUGAGGUGGUCCAGAUGGUCGGGCACCAAAUGGUGGACGAAGAGGAGGAGGGAGCCGAGGACUAUGAAGAUGAGGACGAAGACAUGUUGGCUGGUGUUGGGGAGCGCGAGGAUGAAGUAAGCGUCGGGUAAGUAUAGGUGUGUGGUUAAUGUGAACAAGCGUAUUGUGUUUUGCAUGAGA